GGCGGGGCCAGCUGCCGGCGCUGGGGGAGCUCAGGAGGUCCCGGGGUGCAGCCAGGGACGGACACUGGUCAGCGUCCUCCAUCAACCAUGGACAGCCAGAAUCUCCAUGCGCUCCAGCGACCUCUGCUGGCAGGUGCAGCCUCUGAACCCGCUGCCCAGAGGCCUGCCAAGCCUGACCUGGGGCCCCCGUUGAGAGAGACAGCCUUUUCGGAGUCUCCGAGGAGCUGGCAGUCCCUACCACUGCCUCUUUCCUCUGUGAGCGCUGGCCUGGGGGCCCUGGGGCACCCUGACUCUGAGGACACGUCGUCCAGUGACAGCGACUCAGACUGGGAUGGGGGCGGCCGGCUCUCCCCCCUUCUACCCCAUGACCACCUCGGCUUGGCCGUCUUCUCCAUGCUCUGCUGUUUCUGGCCUGUGGGCAUCGCUGCAUUCUGCCUGGCCCAGAAGACCAACAAGGCUUGGGCCCAGGGGGACUUCCGAGGGGCAGGGGCCGCCUCCCGCCGCGCCUUCCUGCUGGGGCUCCUCGCUGUCGGGCUGGGCGUGUGCAUGUACACGGCUGCCCUGGUGACCCUGGCCGCCUACCUUGCUUCCCGAGACCCACCCUAGCCGCUCCUGUGGCCCCCACUGUGAACCCAGAGGCCGGCGGCCCCCAGCGCAUCGGUGGGCAGAGAGGGGGAACCAGGUGGACGCAUCUGCAGCCAGACCUGGGGGCAAGCUGGCCAGCCCCUCCCCUCCUGAUCAUCACUCACCAGCCGUGAGAUUAAACACCUGGCAGCCAA